AACAAAAGCCCCUUAACAUCAUUUGCGUGUUCUUGCAAUCAUCUCACUGAACACGAGGACACAUUCCAAGUUCAAUUUUCACACCUUUGACAGCGCUACAGGUUGCGUUCUAGGACAGAAUCUCCGGUCCGAAAACACCUGAUCCCUACCCUUUGAGAUGUUUCCCUACGUCGACCACACUCAUCAUGUCCCCGACUUCGUCUUCGAGAUUGGCAACCCUUCGAUCCACGACCCCAUUUCCAUGUUAAGACUUUACGCUCCAUCGACGGACGCCUGGGAGGCUACGCAUCCCUCUCAUCGCCGAUGUUUCAUCGGUCACCCCUGUUACGUGACAGGAGAUAAGUACUGUGCUCGCACCUCUUACCUCUCCAUGUUCCACCAUGCCUAUGGGACAUGCCACAGAUGGAGCCCAGAUCACAUCUACUGCAGAGAUCCGACGUCCGAGAUUGAGAAGAGAAUGUUCCCCGAAUGCGCCGAGUGUGGCGUACUUGUCGAGAUUUGGGACCUCAUUCUCAUCAACCGGCGGCUUCUGGAUGACAAGGAGCAGGUCACAACGGUAGAGGACCGUAAGCUCGUGCAGAACAGCAUCGGUGCCUACAUCAAAGCUUAUGAGUUACGGAGGGCUGCGCAUGUGGCUGGGAUGCGAAACAAAGCUGAUGACUUGUUCGAGGCGCAGGUCAGGUUCGCAAAAGAGGGUAUCGAGGCACCUUCGGCCAAGACGACAUCGUGGUGGCUUACAUUGAUGGACAAGUUCGCAGUAUUCAUCAAGGGGUAUUGAUGAUCUGAUUCGACUAAUAAAAAGGAGCAUUGUGGCGACGCACUUCUGAAGCCCGGCGAUGUAGUCGUGCAAAGCAGCAAUGGAAUUCCGCAUGGGCUGUUAGUUUGGCAUCCUAUCUUAGCACUGGGUAUGGCAUCUGUGAC